AUGGACCUCCCUACACCUAGGGAACUAGACCUUGAAACCGAGCUCAGAAAACGGGAUGCUCAGGUCGCUGAACUUACGGACGAAGUUGCACGUCUUCGUGAGCACCUUGCUGCUCAGAGUGGCGCAUCGACUACGGACCCGGUUACGUUGCCUCCUGCGCUAGUCUCUCUGUUGUUACCGCAUAUCAACAAGGCGGCUUCUAGUGAAGGAACAGGAGCGGCUUCUUCGUCGAGUACUGUUAACACCGCGCUCACACAAAGAGUGCGCAUACUGCAGGAAGAGAAUGACGAACUAUAUGAGAUGCUCAAAUCUGGGGAGACUGGGAAACUUAAGGAGGAAGUCCGCGGACUCAGACGAGUGGUGGAGAGAUUAGAAGGGGCUUUGCGAGAAUCUCAUCAAGUAAUUGCUUCAUUGUCGUCGGAACUAGACAAGUCCUAUGAAAGCUUCCAUACUUCUCUGCGUCAAAUGAACGCUAACCAUCACUCAUACGUGACUGCCCCUCGAGACACAUAUCACUCCGCAUCGACGAGUAAUGGAGUAGUCAAACUCCCCCCUACCGGACCCAGAGCUCACAAGAAGCCGCGUCUGUCAGAGCCCAAAGUGUCGCCGGCACGUUCCAACAUAUCUCUUCCGCCAACAAAACCUCACAUUGGCAACGCACGUCAGAGUGUUCCCAGAGAUUACGAGGCUCCUCGCUCGCCUCGCCUCUCCCCCACAGAACCGCGUACGAAAGUAAGUAAUGUGAAGAUGGAGGUCGAUGAAGAUGCGCGGACACGUCCACGCUCUCCGAAUGAUAGGGACCGUGAGUCGCACCGCCGGGACAAAGACCGGGCACGCGACCACGAGGGGGAGCACAGUAGGGACAGGGACAGGGAGCGUUUUCCGCGGCGCAACGGUGGUGGUGGUGGCGGUGGUGGCGGUGGCGGCAGCGGGGGACGGAGGAGCCGAGGGUUUGCGGGUCAUUCGUAUGCAUUUGGGGAUCGGACGUUGGCGGAAAGAAUGGGACUUUAA